GAUGCGAUUUACAGAGGGACGGCGGGGCCGGCAGCCAAUGCGCGACGUACUUAGUGCGGCGGCUCGCUUUUUGAAUUGGCGGCGGCCGCUGAUGGCGGAUGCUGUCUUUGCGGUUGGUGGCAGGUGGCGGCGGUGGCCGUGAGAGGGAAGCCGGCCGUGAGGGGGGAACCGGCUCCGGGAGCGGCUGUUGAAGAAAGAAACAAGGCAUAAUCAUGGCUGACAACAGCACGCUGGUGUCUGAAACUGGGAGGAGCCUCUUGGCUGAUUCUUCUGUUCUUGAUUCAAAAAUUAUAGAAACCUCCAAAGAUAAUGUAUGUCCUGGAUCUGGUUUGGAUGUUGAAGAAGAAAUGCCUCAAAUAGAAACAAGAGUGGUUUUGGUUCGGGAAGCAGGGAAACACGAGGAGCUUCUAAAAGCCUUGGAGACCAUUAAGAUAAUGGAAGUACCAGUGAUAAAGAUAAAGGAAACUAGUCCUGGUAAAUCAGAAGAAAAACUAAUAAAAACUAUUAUUCAUAUGGAAAUCAAAGUGCCCUACAUAAAGACAGACACGAUAGAAGAGCUUGGAGAUUCUGAUUCUCCGGAAUUUGAGACUAUCUUCGUUGUAUCAGACUUCCAAGACUCUGUCUUUAACAAUCUCUGCAAAGCAGAUUGCCGUGUCAUUGGACCUCCAGUGGUACUGCACUGCGCACAAAAAGGAGAGCCUUUACCUUUCUCCUGUCGUCCGCUGUACUGUGCAAGUAUGUUGAACUUGGUACUGUGCUUUACGGGAUUCAGAAAGAAAGAUGAAUUAGUUAAGCUAGUGACCUUGGUCCAUCAUAUGGGUGGAAUUAUUCGAAGGGACUUCAGCUCGAAAGUUACACAUCUGGUAGCUAACUCAACACAUGGAGACAAAUUCAGAGUUGCUGUAAGUCUUGGUACUCCUAUCGUGAAAGCUGAGUGGAUUUAUAAGGCUUGGGAGAAAAGGAAUGAGACUGAUUUCUGUGCAGCUGAUGAUGACUUCAGAAAUCAGUUCAAGGUUCCGCCCUUCCAGGAUUGCACAUUAAGUUUCCUUGGGUUCUCUGAUGAUGAGAAAGCUAACAUGGAAGAAAUGACAGAAAUGCAAGGAGGACAUUAUUUACCAGUUGGUGAUGAAAGGUGUACGCACUUAGUGGUCGAAGAAAGUACAGUGAAAGAUCUUCCAUUUGAACCUUUAAAAAAACUUUAUGUUGUAAAGCAAGAGUGGUUCUGGGGAAGCAUUCAAAUGGAUGCCAGAGCUGGAGAGUCCAUGUAUUUAUUUGAGAAGUCAGAGAGUCCUGGCCUCAAGAAGUCUGUGUCACUACUUUCUCUGAGUACUCCGAACAGCAAUCGUAAAAGACGCCGUUUGAAAGAAACUCUGGCCCAGCUGACCAGAGAAACGGACAUGUCACCAUUCCCUCCUCGGAAACGCCCGUCAGCUGAACAUUCGCUUUCUAUCGGGUCCUUGCUGGAUAUUUCUAACACUCCAGAGUCCAGCACUACCAAUGGAGAAACGCCAAAAUCCUGUGCAAGGCCUUCCAAAAACUCAACUCCUCUUCCACUAAAGCAGUCUGCAAGAUGGCAAGUUGCAAAGGAAUUGUAUCAGACAGAAAGUAACUACGUUGAUAUUCUGACGACAAUCAUUCAGUUAUUUCAAGUUCCGUUGGAGAAGGAAGGACAACUUGGAGGACCAAUCCUUGCACAGGAAGAGAUUAAGACCAUAUUUGGCAGCAUUCCAGAUAUUCUUGACGUGCAUACUAAAAUCAAGGAAGAUCUGGAAGAUCUUAUGAUGAAUUGGACUGAAAGCAAAAGUAUUGGUGAUAUCAUUCUUAAAUAUUCAAAAGACUUGUUGAAAACAUACCCUCCGUUUGUGAAUUUCUUUGAAAUGAGCAAGGAGACUAUUACUAGAUGUGAAAAACAGAAGCCAAGGUUUCAUGCCUUCCUAAAGAUAAACCAAGCUAAACCUGAAUGUGGCCGUCAAAGCCUAGCUGAACUCCUUAUCCGUCCUGUUCAAAGGCUGCCCAGCGUUGCUCUACUACUAAAUGAUAUAAAGAAACAUACAGCAGAAGAGAACCCAGAUAAAAUAACUCUAGAAAGAGCUAUUGAAUCAUUGAAGGAGGUGAUGACGCAUAUUAAUGAAGACAAAAGAAAAACAGAGGCACAAAGGCAGUUCUUUGAUGUUGUCUAUGAAGUUGAUGGAUGCCCAGCCAAUCUCUUGUCCUCUCACCGAAGCUUAGUUAAGCGUUUGGAAACCGUAGCACUUGGUGAUGACCUCUGUGACAGGGGAGAACAGGUCACGCUCUUCCUGUUCAACGAUUGCCUAGAGAUUGCGAGGAAACGGCAUAAAGUUAUUGGUGCUUUCAAGAGUCCACAUGGCCACACAAGGCCUCCUGCAUCUCUCAAGCACGUUGUUCUCAUGCCUCUCUCCCAGAUCAAGAAAGUCCUAGACAUCAGGGAGACAGAAGAUUGCCAUAAAGCUUUUGCCUUAGUUGUGCGGCCACCUACAGAACUCAACAACAAGCUACUCAGUUUCCAGAUGACAACUGAAGAACCUCCUAAAGAAGAGUGGUUAAAGAUGCUGUGUCGGCAUGUGGCUAACACUAUAUGUAAAGCAGAUGCAGAAAAUCUCAUUUAUACUGCUGAUCCUGAAUCAGUUGAAGUAAAUACUAAGGAUAUGGACAGUACUUUAAGCAGAGCCUCCAGGGCAAUAAAGAAAACGUCAAAAAAGGUUACAAGAGCAUUUUCUUUCUCAAAAACACCAAAGAGAGCUCUUCGAAGGGCUUUAAUGUCACAUAGUGCAACAGAAGGAAGAAGUCCCAGUUCAGCUAAUGAGAGUUAUAUAGGCAGCCGACUGACUAGUACGUCGUCAUUAGCGGGUGUUCCUUCUCCUUCCUUGGUCAGCCUUCCCUCAAUCUUUGAAAAAAGAAGUCAUACAUUAAGUCGAUCAACAACCCACUUGAUAUGAAGCAGGUUUAAAAUACAAAGGUGUAUUGUAGUGUGACUGACAAGCAGCUGGCUGUUCAAACGACCUGCUACUGACAUUAAUGGUACCUUAGUCAUUAGCACUUAGCAAUGAUUAGCAAAAUGUUAGAUAACACUAAGUAAAUCACCAGGGGUUUUUAGUUGUAUCGAAGCAGAUCAGGUAAUCAGUGGAAGAAGUAACUCGGUCUUCAUUUAAGACACAGUAUUCCCUCGCACCAAUUUAUUUUCUCACCAACAUAAUAGAAGUGUUUUCUUGUGUGGAAAUUGUCCCCGCUAGGCAAUAAACUAGUUUGUCAGAUUUUAAAAUGAAGAUGAAGUUUGCAGAACUUACCACUAGUUUGGAUGACUCUUACGCUUGCCUAACUUCAUCAGUUGGCAGAGCACUCUAGUGUUUGAAUUGUUGAUUUCUUAAAUGGAGAUGCAUUAUGAAGUACGUGACCUUUCAAGGAUGACAGUACAGCUGCUUAUCCCAAUACUUUAUAAAUGUAGUUGUUUAUAAAGAAAUAGAAUUGAGUUUCUGUGAUUAUGGCCUUCUGCAGCCUCACUGCAAUACGGUAGUGUGUUAUGUGGCCUUACAUGAACAGUAUUUUAAAGGCUGUGACUUAGCUUUGACCAUCAAAAAUGAUCAGUUGAAUCCUUUGAAGUUUUUUGAAGUGUAAGUCUGAGGAAAACAAUUACAAUCCCUUUUAGCAGGGCUGUUAAACAAACCAAACCCCCAAACCCCGCACCUUCCACGCACUUGGUUAACGAAUCGUUCUUUAAUGCAUGGGAUUGUUGGUGUGACAUUGUAAUUUGAGGGCCCGCUUCUGGUGUGUCAGACUUCCGGUGUAGUACUCCUAAGGCUUUUACCUGGCUUCCUCAUGUAUUUAUUUGUGUCUUCCUUCAAAACUGUAAGUUCUCUUCUUUCAUCUCCUCUGAACAGUUAGUAUGAUGCAGUGCUAUCUCAGGAACUAUCUAAAUAUGUAUAUUUUUGCAUUUCAUUAACGGUUUAACUGUCUGUCUGUAUUAGCAGGAGUUCUCAACUUCUGGUUUCUUUUUAACCACCCGAGUUGUGUCUUAUGUCUAUAUGUAAUUAGUGAUGCUUCUGAAUGUGUCAGACUUAACUGGCUUUUAUAUCUCUUUUUGCCAAUCCAAGCAAUGUAAAUAAACUGUUUAAAAUAACACUGCUUAUGGCUUUGCUAAAUAAGCUUUUAUGAGAGUCUGCUUUGUCUUUUCACAUAACAAGCGCUGUGUUGGGCUCCAGCCUGCAGCUGUACUCUGAUUAGCUAUAUAGCUAUUCCUAAUAAAGUAUGCAACGUGGUAGGCCUGAAUCUGCCAGAACCAAACUUUUUUCCUUAAUAUAUUCACCAUUCACCCCCUUUCCCUGGAUGCAUGUAUCCAUGGGGUUUUUUUGUCCUUAUCCCUUAAAAAAUAUGCACUGACACUUAAAUAAUAAACUCUUCAAUAAAUACUAUGCUGAAAAAUCAA